AUGUAUAAUGAUGAAAUAUAAUUUGAAUUACAUAAAUAACAAUAAUAAACAUCUUAAAGAGGAAACAAAUUAAGUUAUUAUAGUAUAAUAUAAAUGAAUAUUCUUAGUGAUUGUGCCUAUGUUAACAACUUCUACUGAAAAUGCAUAAGUCACUAUAAAUAAAUUAGUGCAACCUCUAUCAACAAACUCAUUCAAAUAAACUGAUAGUAAAGAACCUAAUUCAAAAGAAGAUAUAAGAAAAAUGAUGAGAAGGAUAUCAAAAUAAGCUUCAGCUUGUAUAUUAGCCAUUAAAGGAUUCUAUGCUACUUUAGCUGCUGCUUAAAAAGAAUUAUAAAGUUAGAAAAGUGUCAGAUCUAAUAAGUCUUUAUCAAUUAAAUGA